CUGUGCGCGGCCAUGUUCCAGUGAUAUACAAGUACCCUGCAACCGGGUGCCACUAAACGCCACCUCUCUACUCACACGUGGUCGAUGGUCCAGGUAACAGUUGUCGGGGAACCCCUUGACCUUCUAUGGGAAUUCCCUCUUCACGUGACAAAUACUUGCGCGAAUCGCGCGAGAGUAAGCGAAAUCCAAGAUGGCGGCGUCAGUCGAGAAUAUUGUCACUGAUGAUUCAGGUUCAUUUAUACCAGCUACACAGAGGCCAGAUGGAACUUGGCGAAAACCAAGAAGAGUUAAAGGUGGUUAUGUACCCCAAGAAGAAAUGCCAGUCUAUGAAAGCAAAGGAAAACAGUGGAUUAACAGUAAACCUAAAUUACCACCUGGGUAUGUGGAACCUAAAAAAGAAGAACCCAAAGAAAAAUCUAAAAGUGCAAAAAAGAAAGAAAAAAGAAAACAAAAGCUAAAGGAGAAGAAAGACACUGAGCAACUUGGAGGAUCAGAGGCGAAAACAGAUACUAAAGAGCUUUCAGAAACAUUGCGGAAAACGACAAUAUCAUCAACAUCACAGGAACCACAGCAAACUGAUGACUUAUCUGCUGAAGACAUUUACAAGAAAAUAAAAGCAAUUAAAAAGAAAUUAAGACAAAUCAAUGAUCUUGAGGCUAAGAUUGCAUCAGGGGAGAUAAAAAAACCGAACCGAGAGCAGGUCGAUAAAAUUGCCAGGAAAGAUGAUUUAGAAGACGAACUAUUUAUGUUGGAAAAUUAAAUAUAAAAAUGUAUUUUAAUUAAUGUACCAAAUUUAUUUGCAUUAUGAUUUAAUUAAAAUUUUCAAUUUUUUAACAGUGAAUUAUUCAUUUUGUAUUGUAUAAUUUGUAUUCAAUGGUGUAUGCAAUAUGCACAGAAUGAAUAAGAAUCAACACU